AACACGUUCACAAGUAUGGCAUUGCGCUUUGGCGCUUCCACGAACAGAAACUGUAGAGAGGAUUGUACUUUUGAAAUACUUACAUUUAAUGGAAUAUAUGUUCUUAUCGGUUUCCUCUGUGAUGUCUCUGGCUUUUAGGAUGGCUUACACUCAGUGCAUACUCACUGUUCAACUUCAAACAUCUACUUUAUGUAGAAUAAAACCUUAAACACAAGGUUUUUUCCCCACGUCUAUACAAUUCCCCUGUUCUGUCAAAGAGGAAUAGAAAGAUUAACAUGAUAAAUGAUUAAGUUAAAUUUGAGAGAAUGAUAUAGUCAACCAAAAGCCAAAUCCAUGGUUUUGUGAACAGAGAGGAUCAUGACAUUGUGAGCCCAAGUUGUAACUUCUUCGGAAGCUGGACAAGAGCCAUGGGCAAGGAGCAGGACCUUCUUCUGGCUGUGAAGAAUGGAGACCUUCCCUUAGCUCAUAAACUUCUGGCCAAGAUCAAGACCAACCGAAGUAAGAUACUGGGCUCAACAAAGAGGCUGAAUGUGAACUACCAAGACCAAGACGGGUUUUCAGCACUUCACCAUGCAGCUCUCACUGGCACCACUGACCUGCUGUCUCUGCUGUUGGAGGCACAGGCUACCGUGGACAUUAAAGACAGUAAUGGUAUGCGUCCGUUGCACUAUGCUGCCUGGCAGGGGAAGGCUGACUCUGUACUUAUGCUGCUGAGAGCUGGAGCUUCUGUGAAUGGGGCUUCACAGGAUGGACAGAUCCCUCUCCACCUGGCCGCACAGUAUGGACAUUAUGAAGUGUCUGAAAUGCUACUGCAACACCAGUCCAACCCCUGCACUGUCAACAAAGUAAAGAAGACCCCUCUGGAUUUGGCCUGUGAGUUUGGCAGACUCAAGGUGACUCAGCUGUUGUUGAACAGUAACAUGGUAGUAGCUCUGUUAGAGGGGAAUGGUAGAGAUAAUACCCCCCUACACCUUGCUGCUCGCAAUGGCCAUAAGGACAUCAUCAGACUGUUGCUUAAAGCUGGGAUUGACAUCAACAGAACCACUAAAGCUGGUACGGCUCUGCACGAGGCUGCCCUCUACGGGAAAACAGAAGUAGUAAAACUAUUGCUUGAUGCUGGAAUUGAUGUGAACAUCCGCAACACCUACAACCAAACAGCCCUGGACAUUGUGAACCAGUUCACCACUUCACACGCCAGCAGAGAAAUCAAAGAACUCCUUAGAGAUGCCAGUGGAGCAUUGCAGGUGAGAGCACUGAAGGACUACUGGAAUCUCCAUGACCCCACUGCACUCAACAUCCGGGCAGGAGAUGUAAUCAUGGUCUUAGAGCAGCACAUGGAUGGACGUUGGAAAGGGCACAUCCACGACAAUCAGAGAGGCACUGACCGUGUGGGAUACUUCCCUCCCUCCAUUGUAGAGGUCAUUAGUCACAGAUCAGGGGGUGUUCUCUCCCGGCAGGCAUCACUGCCUAUCCAGAGACAUCACAUUCUCUCCAGGGUCCUGCCCCCACACAGUUCUCAUCCCACCUCUCACACUGAUGACUCCUACACCCUUUACUCAUCCACCCGUCCUGUCCUGACUCACCAGAACGGGCUGGAUCAGCACCCAGGUUUGCUUCCCGACAGUCCCAGUGCACUGUGUAAGCCAGCUAGUCCCAGAGAGCCAGAGGAUAUUUGGGUUCUCAGGACCUCUCUCGAUGCAGGAGACAGGCACAGUGUUGGCAGUGCAGGCAGCAUGGGCAGUAGUCGCAGUGCUGGCAGUGGACAGAGCACUGAGGGGAACUUUCAACACAAUGGAUCCCAUCAGUCACCUGAUUCUGUUCAGGACACCACAAAGCUGCCUCCCUCUGCUGGAGAAUUGGUAGAACAGUGCUGUCAGAUGCCUGACUCAACCAAACAGAUAGACCUUCAUUCAGGUGCUCUUGGACGUAGGGUGCAUCUGAACUGCUCCAGAACUGGAGAGCAACAUGUCAUCCAUUCACAGCAACUUCUAGAUGGCAGGGAUGCUGAGGCUAUUUAUAAGUGGCUCAGUGAAUUUCAGCUUGAGCAGUACACAUCUAAUUUCCUCACGGCCGGCUAUGAUGUGCCCACUAUCAGCAGAAUGACACCUGAGGAUCUCACUGCUAUUGGUGUGACAAAGCCCGGCCAUCGCAAGAAGAUCUCAAUGGAGAUCGGCAACUUGAAAAUCCCUGAGUGGUUGCCAGAUUACAUUCCAUCUGAUAUUGGCAAAUGGCUCAGUGCUAUUGGGCUGCCACAGUACCAGAUAAAGCUAGCAGAGAACGGGUAUGACUCCAUCAGCAUAGUGCAGGAUAUCACAUGGGAGGAUCUGCAGGAAAUUGGCAUCACUAAGCUGGGCCAUCAGAAGAAGUUGAUGCUUGCUGUGAAAAAACUCAGUGAUGUGCAGAAGGCUCAGAAGAGCCAGGCAGAGGGCCAGGCACUACUGCAGCACAGGAGAGCUCCUCCUGCCCUGGAGCUGGUGGCCAUCGAUCACCACGAGACCUCCGACUGCCCCUCCUCUCCUCUGUCACCAAAGAUGCUCACCUUCCAGGACAGUGAGCUAAGCACCGAACUCCAAAACGCCAUGGCUCGGAGCGGGUACACUGGAGGCCAAGAAGGUCUUGGUAGCAUGAGUGGAGCAGCCAUACGUCUUAGUCAAGAGAGCAUUGGCACACGAUCAGGGGGGUCUGGCCGGUCACAGGAACGGCCAAUGGCAUCAGUCACCCCCCACAGCCACUCACAAGAGAGCCUGGGGAGUAUGGACAGUAGUCCCAGCAAGGAGCAAUAUGCAGUUGUAGAGUCUAAGGAAAGAAGCCAAAAAUCACCUAUCAAAAUGGUGCCACAGCAUCAUCACUCUUCUUCUGGCAGUCCACGGACACCACCCAUAAUGACCAGUAAGAUAGCAUGCUUUGCAUACUCACCUGUUCUCGCGCUGCCCAGACAAGCGGGCUCUCCCACUCAGCCCCAUCACUACUCACCACAUGGAUCACCUGUUCAGAGAGGUUUCAGCUACUUGCAACAUCAAAACAGUAACUCCAGCAUGGGAAGCCCAGCUCCAAUCAGGGCUCAUCAGCAAAAUAGGGAGGCAUCCCAUUCUGAAAAGUGCACCCAAAAUCUUUCAUGCUACGCAUUGUCGGAUGGAGAGAAUGAAGAAGAUGUCAUAUCGGCACCUACAACUUCAGCCAACCUGGCUUCAUAUGCCACGCUAACUCACAAGCGUGGUGGCAGCCAGCCGUCUUAUGGCCCAAUUGAGCGCCAGCUGGGCCGCAGUCAUUCCUUUGCUAUACGUGCCAAGAGGAAGGGUCCUCCUCCAACCCCUCCAAAGCGGCUUAGCUCUGCCCCAAGUGGAGUAAAUACAAGUGGGGUUGAAACAGAGAGUGCUGGAAGUGUAAGAAGCAUUGCAGCUAGACUGGAGAACAAUGCAGGAAGCCCAAGUAAGACAUGCAACAGGCCUUGUUUUAGAGCCAUUUCGCCAGUCACCCCACCAAAAAACACGGGGAACCGUAGGAGAACCACCAGUGAAUCUGCAAUGUAUGCAGCAGAACAAAGCAGAGGCAAACCUGUGGAGGAAAACAAGAGCCCUCUGAGGAAUCAGCAAUAUGCAUAUUCACCCUCACAUGGGAGCUCACAAGAGAGCAUACCUUUUGCUGAAGAGGGUAAAGUAACUAUUAAACAAAGGACCAAAAUAGCAAGCAGUAAGAUAGAGUCUGAGGCCAAUGUUGAAAUUCUCAAGCCAGCGCAAUAUAUCAAAUCAGCCUUAGAGGUGCCGGAGUUUAACUUAAAGGAAUCAGACACUGUCAAGAGAAAACACAAACCAAAAGAACUGCAGACCAAAUGUCUGGAAACAAGCACGCACUUAGGAAAUGAGAGGACCACAGAGACUGAGAUGGUCUCGCAACGCAUGCAGAAUGGGGGAUUGACAAAAAAUCUCUACAAACCGAAUCCCUCACCGAAACCAGGCUCUCCACAUAAACCUCCCACCCCUUCAAAGCCCACACGACAUUCUGCUGCUGCAGCCUCAGGUGUGACAGCCAAUGUCGUUCAGAGCGUGACCUUUGCUGUUUCACCACAGUGCAGUCCUCUGGCUCGAUGUCCCCCAAACAAAGGCCUUCAAGGUCAGUGUGUGCUGGCGGGAAAGCCACAGGCUGUGACAGAAGGCCAGGACAUAUUGGUACAUAAACGACUAGAGCAAACCAGCACGUCUCUAGAGGCAGCACUUAAAGUAGUGGAGAGGAAGUUGGCUCAGGAGGAUCCAAGAAACAGUAACAUUAACACAGUGAAGUCAGCAGGAAACAUUCUUGACGAUAUAGGCAACAUGUUUGAUGAUCUUGCUGACCAGCUGGAAGCCAUGUUGGAUUGACUUGAUUCCUAAAACCUUUGCAUUUGGCCUUCACAUGGACACUUCUAGAUGUUUUAGAGAUGCAAUGUUUGGUUUUGAGACAAUCCGAUUUCUCAAAAUAUGUUUACAAUGCACUGCCAUUCAGUGGCCCUGCUUUCAAAUAUUGGCAAUUGACUUACAUUACCUAAUUUAAAGGGAUAGAUUGCCUAAAAAUUUAAAUUCUGUCAUCAUUUACUCACCCUCAUGUUACCAGCUGUAAUGGACUGCAGUGCAUCUGUUGUGUGGAAUAUAUAUUUUUAGGUCAUGCCUCAAACUUAAGAAGAUUUGAGAAUGCUCAAUGAUUACAGCAUGAGAUGUGAUACUCUCUCAAACUUUUGUGUGGCAUAAGCACUUACUUGUAAAGUUCUUCAAGCAGAGACACUUUAAUUUCCUGUGAUGCUCAGAUCAAGACUCACAGUUGGCCUCUAGCAAAGAGUUAGAUACAACCUGAACUCUCUGUUUGAAAUUCUCUGACAUGCAGUAUCACUCUGUGAAUUUUCUUGCAUGUUGACUUAACAAGCCACUAUUCUCUGUUCAAACACAAACAAUAAUACAGUUGAUCUUCUAGACAAAACAACCUAUCCAUAUAAUGGAUUGGAUGCAAAAAGAUAACCAAGAAAAAUAACUGUUGUCUUUGCUGAGUUCAUAAUUUGUUGACACAAACCUCAUGGACCAAGUACUGUGUAUGUUUGACUGUAUAUUAUUGUAACCUAUUUCAGCUGACAAGUGAACAAGGGCAGUACUGAAGGGUCAGUUUCUUGCAGACAGAUUCGUGAUCAUCUGCUGAGCAUGUGUUUUGUACAGUAUAGAUAGUCUGUCAUCAUGCACUCACCCUCAUGUUUUUUCAAAACCCUUGACUUUUUUUUAGGCUGAAUGUGAGCCUCACUCACCUAUCACUUUCAAUGUAUAGAAAAAAGGUGUCAUGAAAGUGAAGGGUGACUGAAGCUAACAUACUGCAUAACAUCUCCUUUGUGUUCCAUGGAAGAGAGAAUGUUAUAAGGAUUUGGAACAACAUGAGGGUAUAUAAAUGAUUUUUGGAUGAACUUUCCUUUUAACGUGUAAACAUUACUUUUCUAAACAUGUUAAUAUAGUCUAUUUUGACAACCAUUGUGUUUUAUGGAUGACACUAUGGAUCAUCUAGUAUGUAUAUUUUUAUAAGAAUGAUAAUUUAUUAGACUUCAAUUUGAUAAAAAGGGACAGUCCCACUGAGUGAAUGCUGUCAUUUUGGCUGAAAUUUGCAGGCAAAAUAAAUUUGUAUGAACCACAGGUACAGACAAAGCACUACAUUUUUAGACACAAUUGACCAAAAAGGAACUGACACUUGUGUUACAGUCUUUUACAUUAAUAGACUGGGGCACAUGUGGUUAAAAUGCAAAAUUAUUCAAAUUAUAGUAAUUUACUAUUCAGGACAAGUAAAUGUUCACAUGGAGCAUUAAUUGCUUGAAUGGCUACUCACUUCUUGUGCACUUUUUCCACAUGUAUGUAGUUCAUGCACAAUAUGUAUCUUUUAUUGUAUUAAUUUAUUUUUGUUUACCAGUUCUUGUCUACUCUGCAUGUACUGUUCACUGGUUAGAUGACCAGUAUUUGACUGAAAAAGACCUUUCUCUAACUGUUUGAUGUAACUUACAUUGUUCAAAAGAAACAUAUGUAAUAACUUGUGGCUGCAAGAAGUUAUAGGUUUUGUAUUAUACAGCAUAUUGAUAAUUUGAAGGACAUCACUGCUGGUGCUACAGUAUCAUUUAAAUGAGCACUGUGUACUUUUGUUCCCAAGUUAAUUCCUUGUUGCAAUGCAUUGCGUGACAUUGCAUUGUCAUUAGUAAAAAAAAAAAGAAAAAAAAAAGAGAGAGACAGUUCAUUGCUUUGUCUUUGUGGGGCUAGCAAGAGCCAUGUGUACCAUCAGUAUAAUUGGGCCUCUGAUUCUACAAAGUAUUUAAAAACAUUUAAUAAAACAAGAUCUUCAAGAGAUCAAUCUUAAGAUCAAA